UUUGCGAAUACUUGCCGUGCUAAAGGUGUAUAAGGUGGUUGUUAUAAAACAAUUUCAUGGAUUGGAUCAGACAGUGCUUAGUGAAUAAUCGAAUACAGUCCACAGCCAUGUUGAGCAUGUUGCUUUUCAUUUUAUUCUUUGACUCUGCCGUCAAAGUGGUCAUUGGCAAAAAUGUUGAUUUCGGAGGUGUUUCACCAGACGGUGUUGGGUUAGAAGGGAAUCAUAACGUGGACAUUAAACAGUACCCGUACCACGUUAGCAUGGUGGAUGUGCGCAAUGAUUUCAUUCUUCACUUUUGUGGGGGAUCCAUACUCAGUCCAGAUUAUGUUUUGACUGCGGCACUUUGCUUGACGUAUAUGAAGGAAAUUGAUGACCCAAAAUUUUUCAAAAUCCGGGCGGGUAGCUCUUUCUACAAUAAAAGUGGUACUGUUUAUGAUAUCUUGUCAUAUGUUUGGCAUCCACAAUUCAAUAUGGAAACGAUUCUCGAAAAUAAUGUGGGGAUAAUAAAAACUGAAAAAAUGGCCAUAAAUGGAGUGACUACAAAAGCUGUGCAGUUACCUUCAGGUGGAAGUGCAAUGAAACCAGGAUCUACUGUAAUCAUUACUGGUUUUGGAGUUACCAACAGUGAAGAUUUUUAUACAAAAUUUAACGUUUUGCAAGCUGUGUCCGCGACUACGAUUAGCUCACAGGAAUGUAAGGAGCUGACCAAUGUCACUGUUACCGAUAAAUCCUUCUGCGCGGAUAGUCUUGGGGUUGGAGAGCUUGGAGGUCCAGUGGUUGAGAAAUCAAGUUUAGUACAAUAUGGGAUACGGUUGGUGAGCCAAUAUUACAUAAACAUACACGGUACUAAAAUUGCUGGAUCAGAAAUACACUUGUUUGUUCCUAAACUUCUGGACUGGAUCAAACAACAGGCUGGGCUCUAAAGUAACAGACAAAUUCCAAUAUCAGACUGGAAAGAAAUAGUCACCGAUUUAUAAAAUUGUUAUCCUUGUAAGAAUAAGAAUUUCUAUUUAAGAAAUUUUUUUUUGGCAAAAAUUAUAUUUCAGUAAAUAAC